AUGUUUUCAGUGGGAAGAGCUCCUAUUGCUUCUCCUCCCAGUGAUGAUUGUAUUUCCAAGCUUCAAACGACAUUGAAUAAUAUUAUACAUUGCGCAACAGAUGCUCUACACAUACUACCAGAAACAGCACCAGUUAUUUCCUCUAGUAUGGAUAUAUUAGGUACCAAAGAAGGAUUUACAGCUACAAAGUGUGAUAUUCUUUACCGUGCAAAUUAUAUAGGGUCGGCAUUUGAGUGUUCAAAUACUUUAAUUGAGGAACUUGCUUCUUUGAAACCACUAAUUGGUACUGAUGGAGAAGUCUUCAUUGAGAAGGUAGAGUCCUUAAAAAAAGAAAAUGAGAUGUAUAACGAAACUCUGCGUGAACUGACAAGAGAGUGUGAAGAAGCACUUAUUCAUAUAAAGAAAUUAAUAAGAAGUCAGGUCAAUGAUUCAAUUAAUAAGCAAAUUGAAGAACUAUAUAGUAAUGCAACCAUGGAAUCUGCAGAGGAUAUUUACCAGAAUAUGAGGGAACAUUCAUAG